AACUACUUCAUCUCAGGUCUAAGAAUGAUUCCAUUUAUAACGGGACACGAGGAGCUUAUUCAUGACAUUAAGUAUGAUUUUUAUGGUAAAAAUAUAGCGACAGCAUCUUCUGAUCAACAUAUAAAAGUGUUUGACUUGGACUCUUCAACCUCGACAUGGGUAUUAAAUGACCUGUGGAAAGCUCAUGAUUCACUGAUUGUUAAGGUUUCAUGGGCCCAUCCCGAGUUCUCAAGCUAUAAGAUAUUGGCAAGCUGCUCAUAUGAUCGGACGGUUAAACUCUGGCAAGAACAGCCGGAUGAGCCCCAUGGUUCAGGUAGAAGAUGGUUGAAAUUGGCUACUUUGGCAAUUGAAUCGUAUGGCCCAAUAUAUGAUGUUGUAUUUGCGCCAAAUCACUUGGGGUUGAAAUUGGCUUGUGUUGGCUCUGAUGGGAUUUUCAGAAUAUACGAAUCCCUAGAACCUUCGGACCUUACAAGCUGGGCACUCACAACAGAAAUUCCAAUAUUGAAUCUGCAACUCCCGGCUAAAAGUUUACAAAGUAGUUUUGGUAUUGAAUGGUGUCCAUCAAAAUUCAGUUCAACUGAGAAAUUCAUCGUUGUAGCAUUAGAUCAAGGUUUCAUUUAUAGUACUUCGAAAAAUAAAGAAACAACUAAUGAUUUUGAAGCCGAAUUUAUGGAAACAAAUCCAGCUCAAAGUCAAACAAAAUACUUUAAGGUUGGUAAUUUGCCAGAGCAUAAUGGAUUAAUAAGGUCAGUCAGUUGGGCUCCUUCAAUGGGACGUAGCUAUCAUUUAAUUGCAACCGGUUGUAAAGAUGGGUUUGUCCGUAUUUUCAAGGGAAUUGAGUCUGCUAAUGGUGAUUUCAAGAUUGAAACUGUUGCCAAAUUAAAUGAUCACAGACCUGGGGAGGUUUGGAGAGUUAAUUGGAAUUUGACUGGUACUAUUUUAAGUUCUGCUGGUGAUGAUGGGAAAGUGAGAUUGUGGAAAUGUAAUUAUUUAAAUGAAUGGAAAUGUAUGAGUGUUAUAAAUAGUAGUGAUAUGCUGGAAAAUAGAAUUACCGAUGAUGAUCCUACAAAAAAAAUGGAUUUAAAUACAAACUAAAUCGUG